UGCAGCUAUCCCCUUCCGUGACACCUCUGUUUCUUCAAAUACCUCCAGUGUCUGCAGAAAAAGAGGGAUGCCGAGGCUCGUGUUGUGAAAUUAACGAGUUAAAUCAAGUAUGGAGAGAUGAAUUCCGGCCUGUUUAAGUAAAGAAGUGGCGGGAUGAUGUUUGCUGUUGACUGAAGUCCAAACCAAGAACCAAAAUGAAGAAGAGACUGCUGCAAGGUUUCCUGUCGGAAAUCUCCAUCCGGUGUGCUCUUCUGUUUGUGUUUCUCGUGACGGAGCAGCUCCCUCCCUUCUACCGGGAGAUCCAGGCCGAGGAGAUGUGGCUGUACAAGUUCCAUCGCGUGGAGUCAGACCACGUACCAACCCCACUCAUGUUUAGUUUGGCUGUUUUAACCCCCCUGAUUAUAAUCCUGGUUUUUAACCUGUUGAUAAAGUCGGAGCAUGGCGAUCUGAGAGAAGCCUCUCUGGCUGUGACUCUGACUCUGGUGCUCAAUGGAGUUUUUACCAACGUCAUCAAACUUGUAGUUGGCAGGCCGAGGCCAGAUUUCUUCUAUCGCUGUUUCCCGGACGGUCAGAUGAACUUGGAGUUGCGCUGCAGCGGUGACCCAGAUGUUGUCAUAGAGGGACGAAAAAGCUUUCCCAGCGGACACUCCUCCUUUGCCUUUGCAGGUUUGGGUUUCACGGCGCUGUACAUCGCAGGAAAGCUGCGCUGCUUCAGUCCGACCGGCCAAGGCAGAGCAUGGCGGCUAUGUGCCUUCCUCACGCCUCUGCUCAUCGCAGCUGUAAUCGCUCUUUCCAGAACCUGCGACUAUAAGCACCACUGGCAAGAUGUGUUAGUGGGGUCCAUGUUGGGUCUGGCCUUCGCCUGGCUCUGCUACAGGCAGCACUUUCCUCCGCUUCAGGACCCGGACUCCCACAAACCGAUCCGUCAGAGAGAGACUGUCCCCGCGGCGCAGGAGCGCAAGUUGGCCAACUCCAACUUCCUCCUGCCUCUGUAGAGCUGCUGCGACCUGAACGCUUUCCACGGGAUAACAAGGAGAUCCGUGGAAUUACGGUUUUCAAAACGGUCGGGAUGGAAACUUUGUUAGUGUUUAUAUUUAUUGUUGGUUAUUACCGCUGCAGCUUUUGAAAUUUCUAUGAUUGUGAAUGAAUGAAUUACCAAAUCAUCAACAGUUCUAAUUAGAGAAACUGAAAAGUAUCAUAACAUACCUGAUAUUUUAGUUUCAUGGUUUGACUUGAGCCCAGUUCUGUACCUUUAUAGGACUGUUACUGACAACCACUGCUUAGCUGCGUUAGCCAUUGUUGGGUGACUUGAUUGUUUAUCUUGGAACUUUUUAAAGAAGCAGAUAUGCAUACACUAGAUCUAAUUUAUUUCCAUUAGUCUUUAUUCUUGACUGAAUAGAAGAUUUGUGGUUUUAAAGGUCUGAUCCACAACAAUGCAGAUCUUUUACUUCAGUGGUCUUCUGCUAUUGAAAUGAUCACAACACUGCAAAAACACAAAAACUUACCAAGUAUUUUUGAUCUAGUUUCCUAUCACUUAUCUUUGUGAAAUAAGACUAAACUAACUUACAAGUAACUUUUCAGCUACAUAUUGGAGCUUAUUUUUAAUAAAUAAUUGCUUAAUAUUGAUGGAAAAUACUAGCUCCACUGGAAGAUUAUUUCUUAGAAUAAAAACAUUUUUCCAACCAUUUUUAUAAGUCAAAUAAUUGACCAGUGGAAAUAGUAUUCAAUUAUUGAUUUAAAAGAUGCUCUUAUAGCUUGCUAAAAAGUUACUUGUGAGAAAGUUUUGACUUAUUUCAAGUAAACUAAGAUAUCCAGACAAAAGAAUUCUUGAGGUUUUGUGUUUUUCAGUGAUCAGAAACAUUAGGCUCAGAUUUUUCUCUGUUCAUCAUUUUUGACUCAAAGUAGCCAAAGCACAACCCUGAAACUUUGCAGGACAUUGCCAACAUUUUGUGAAAGUAUUUAUUUAUGUAUGUUUUUGCUUUGGAGGACAGCGACAUGCUGUAAAUUGAUCUAAAAGAAACUGGGACCUUUUAUGCUAGCGUUUUCCACAUCCCCUCUUUAAAACGCAAAUAUAAUUUUGACCAAAUUUUCCUAACAGUUUUUUUCUGUUUACGUUUGUUAUUUCAACACAAAGAUAAUGUUUGUAAAGCCUGUUUCUUGAAUUUCAAUAGGGCGGUGAUUUUUCCAGUGAGCAUUUCCAGGAGAAAUGCAGUGAAAUGUUAUCUUCUUCAUUUAGCUCACACACAGAGAAAGGAAGAAUUAUCAUUAAAGUAAAGCAACUUCUUUCUUUCUUAGCUUACAGCUCAACAAAAACAUGUCCACUCACAUUAACAGUCUGGCUGUUUACUCCCCGUUCUGUGUUGAAUUAUUGACUUUUUGUAAUCCUCGAGUUAAACUGUUCCAACAAAAGGGUGCUUUUGUUGGGAGAGGAAAAAUUCACCUUCUUUAUCUGUGUUUAUUUCUCCAGUGCUCAUCCUGUUGACAUAUCCCCACUGAAAAUUACCACAAUCAGUCAUUACUGUUUUUUAUUAUUAUUUUCAGUCAUAGAUUAGCAGGAUUAUAAAUAGGACUGUUACUGAUAAGGAUGUGUAUUUGCUUAGAAAAGCAGUGAAAAGAGUAAUCAUGAUUUAUGUUUCAUACUUUUUUUUAUGUUAAUUUGCUCUGUGAUAUGUUAAGUGAGAAUCUAGUGUAAGCAGAGCUGAACUAUAGGAAUAAUUUCAUGUGAAAAGGAAGGGAAACGGGAGGAAAGUAAGUGGGAGUAAUUUUAGUAGUUUGUUUCCUUCAAAGGUAGAUUUGUUAUUUAGGUAGUAGUCCAGUGUUGGGAGUUUUAGAUUGAUGCACAUUUCAUUCGUUGAGGCUGAAGCCACAAAAGUUGUUGGUUUCUUGUAUAAUUGUCUCAAAAUUAGUUGCGCUGCUUUAUUAGCCAUCCGUUUUGUUUAAAGCUUAACGACAGCUUCGUCAGCAGGACUUGUUUAUUGCUGCCUUUGUUUGUGUUGCUCUAAGUCUUUCUGUUUUGCUUUAGUAUUUCUUGAAUGUUUAUCAUUGUUAUGUUGUUUGUGUUUAAUCUCUGGCUUCAUGUGCCAACAAACUCUUAGUACAACAAGCAAAUGUAGCAGCACCACGCUGUGCUUCAGAGUUACGAUAGUGCCUGCUGUACUUUAACUUUAGUCUCUGCUCUUGCUGAACAGCCCAGUGGGUCAUAUUGUUACAGAUUUUUAUGACUGUAAAGGAACUGUGAGGGAAACCUUUCCUUGUUUCAGUGAAUCUAACACUUACUGUAAAUGGUUUUUGCUGGUUUUACGAAUGAAUUGUGGCUUUUUUUUCUUGAAGCCGAAGAAAAACGCUCCGUGAGUUAGAUUUUGGUAGUAAGCAUGGGUCGGUAAAUUUGCAUAAUGUGAUAACUUUAUGCAAAAAUACUACAAUUUCACUGUGAUAAAAAGAAUCUAACAAACAAAUAAAUUAUUUGUUUUUUCUUGUUUUUAUAAAAGAAAAGCAACCAUUAAUAGUCCUGCUGAAAUGUUGAAUAAAAAAAUGAGUAGGGAUUUUCAAGUAAACGCGCCAACAAGUUUUUGCGAGGUAAACUUAGUCAGGCUGUCUGCUCUGGGCUAAUUGGUUGGUUUCCAAACUACAAAAAUCUGUUUUUAUUUUAGUGUUUGUUGCAACCAGAGAAAUGUUUUGCUUUUCUUCUACAGAUGUUGUAACUUUCCUUCAGCUAGCUGACUGUCAGUGCAAAGCAACAAGUUGGAGAGAGGCAGAACUGACUUAUUCCAUCUGCUCCAGCACUUUUUCUGACUUCUCACUCAAAUAAUCAAUUUUUAACCUUUUUUUUCUUCCUUAACCUUUGCAUAUCUUGAUACCACUAGCCGACCCAUGCCUACUUGGUAGUGACCAGAUCUUUGUACUGGACCCGACAGAGGUUGAACCUCUCCUGCUGGUCAGGUGCUGCAAAAAGCCAAAAUGAAAAUCUCACAUCUCAUCUACUUUAGUUUUUCAAAAAAGGAAAUUGUUUACCUGUGUGUUUAUUUUUUGGUUGUUUUUUUUGCUUCGUUUUGUCCAGUUUUAUUAUUUUUCUGUAACGAUUUUGUGCUAUUGCUUAAUUUUGCUUGAGAUGUCAGCCUUUCUCUGCUACACUGCUCUUUUUUUUUUCUUGUGUUGGACCUCUUGUUACAAUCUGUGUAAAACCAGCCAAAGUUUGCAGGUUCAAAGCACGUCUGUGAGAAUCACUGCACUCCGAUCAGACUUGUCAGAAAAUGAGUGACUUUGUGCCUUUGUUUACUGCGUUACUUUACAGAUCCACGCCUUGUACCACAAGCUCAUCCUGCUGUUUUACAUGUACAGAACUCUGUGUUUCCAUGUGGCAUGCCGCCUUUCCUUACCUCAAAGCAAAAUUUAUCAAAUGUUAUUUUUGAUGGAGUCAAACACGAAUGUCCUAACAUUAGAAGGACACCUGGUGGACAAACCUCACUUUCAGACCUUAAAUCGAAAUACUAGCAUAUUUAAUUUCAUGGAAUGUUUGACUUUACUUGAAAAUAUUUUUGUUUUUUUACAUGUGGUGAUUAUUAAAUUAAGAUUCAUAUUCUAGGGCACUUUGGUUUUAUAUGUUAGGCUUCUUGAUUUUGAUAAAAUUGUGCAUGUUUUACAGUUAAACAUCAUCUAAUUUAACUCACAGCUCCUGUCCAUUUGUGAGGCUUCUUGUGGUUUUCAGUUCAUGUGUUUUGUAUCGGGUCAAUGCAAACAGGCUUGUUAGCUUUAGAAUCACAGCCACAUGUAGCUGCUCAUUCUGAGAUGAUGUUCUGAUUUUUGUUUUUAGUUUUUUUUUUCUCUCCAUGUUGUGAUGCUUUCAGUGAACACUUUACUGUGUUGGGAAAAUAUUCCUGGUGUUUGCAUAUUUUCCUUUUUGGUAAUUUACUGAAAAUUAAAACCAUAGAUGCAUCUAAU